GUUACUGAUACAGGUUGGCAUCAGCUUUCUGUUGGCAGGUCCCUGGACAAACUGUGUGUGUGAUGGGACGGACAUCAAAGGACAAGCGGGAUGUCUACUACCGCCUGGCCAAGGAGAAUGGCUGGCGUGCCCGCAGUGCUUACAAGCUACUGCAACUCGAUGAGGAAUUCCAACUUUUUCAAGGUGUGAUUCGGGCUGUCGACUUGUGUGCCGCUCCAGGCAGCUGGAGCCAAGUGCUAAGCCAGAAGAUUGGGUGAGGGUGGACAUGUGGUGGCUGUGGAUCUGCAGGCGAUGGCUCCACUGCCAGGUGUGUUACAGAUCCAGGGGGACAUCACCCAGCUCUCUACUGCCAAGGAGAUCAUUCAGCAUUUUGAGGGCUGCCCCGCAGACCUAGUGGUGUGUGAUGGGGCUCCUGACGUAACUGGCCUCCAUGAUGUGGAUGAGUACAUGCAGGCCCAGCUCCUCCUGGCUGCUCUGAACAUUGCUACACACGUUUUGAAACCAGGGGGCUGCUUUGUGGCCAAAAUCUUCCGAGGCCGUGAUGUCACACUGCUCUACAGCCAGCUGCGGGUCUUCUUCUCCAAUGUGGUGUGUGCCAAGCCCAGGAGCAGCCGGAACUCUAGCAUUGAGGCCUUUGCUGUCUGCCAGGGUUAUGACCCUCCUGAGGGCUUCAUACCAGACUUGACAAAACCCCUACUGGACCACUCAUACGACCCAGAUUUCAACCAGCUGGAUGGCCCCACGCGCAUCAUUGUGCCAUUUGUGACCUGUGGGGACCUGAGCGCCUAUGAUUCUGACCGCAGUUACCCACUGGAUCUAGAGGAUGGCUCAGAAUACAAGUACACUCCACCCACACAGCCUCCCAUCUCUCCACCAUACCAAGAGGCCUGCACAUUGAAGAAGAAGGGGCAGCUGGCUAAGGAAACUCGUCCCCAGGAGACCCCCAUCAGCAUAGUGGAUGUGUUGUCCCAACCCCUGGCUGUCCCACCAUGCCAUACCCUGCUGGCCUCUGAGGUGGAAGACAGUGAUAUGAAUUGUUCACCUUAACAUAUUA